GUCAAAUGGGAUGUCAUGUCCUGGACUGCAGAUGGUUAUGUGGCAACUGUGACGAUAACCAACUUUCAGAUGUAUCGACAUAUCACGAGUCCUGGAUGGAGCUUGGGAUGGGUAUGGGCAAAGAGAGAGGUCAUCUGGUCCAUGCAGGGAGCUGAAGCUGUUGAUCAAGGAGAUUGUUCCACAUUUACAGAAACUAUGCCACACAGCUGCAAACGAGACCCAUUGGUGGUUGACUUGCUUCCUGGUGCUCCUUAUAACCAACAGGUAGCUAGGUGCUGCAAAGGUGGUGUCUUGACCUCCUGGGGUCAAGAUCCUUCUUCUGCUGUCUCUGCCUUCCAAUUCACUGUUGGUCACUCUGGUAAUUCAAACAAAACAGUGAGACUUCCCAAGAAUUUCACCUUCUACGGUCCGGGGCGAGGCUAUACAUGUAGCCACCCAAAGAUUGCUCCCAACUCAGCUUUCUACUCAUCUGAUGGUCGUCGAAAAACUUACGCAUCGAUGACAUGGAAUGUGACAUGCACUUACACGCAGUUUCUUGCUUCUGAAACACCAACCUGCUGUCUCUCCAUGUCAUCAUUCUAUAGCUCAAAAAUCACUCCUUGUCAAGCAUGUGCUUGUGGCUGCCAAGACAGAACGGCAUGUAUUCUGAAGGAAUCAGAUCUUGAAAGCGUUACGGGGUUGAAUGCUCCAUUGCUGCAGUGCACGACACAUAACUGUCCCAUUCAAGUCCACUGGCAUGUCAAGGAAAACUACAAGGGGUAUUGGCGGCUCAAGAUAACCAUCACCAAUCUCAACUAUCGACUUAACUAUUCACAAUGGACUCUGGUCGUGGAGCACCCAAAUUUCAGCAACAUAAUGGAAGUUUAUAGCUUUUCCUAUAGGCCAAUUGCCCCCUUCAGCUCUAACAACGGUACAGCUCUGUUCUAUGGCUUGAAAUCUGUGAAUGAUGUGCUGCUUGAAGCAGGGCCAAAUGGAAACGUUCAGUCAGAGAUGAUUUUGCAGAAGGAUUCAGCCUUUACGUUGGAACAAGGGUGGGCUUUCCCUCGAAAAGUGUACUUUGAUGGAGAUGAAUGUGUGAUGCCGCUGCCUGAAUCCUUCCCCUUCCUACCCAACCUGGCUAAUGCAAAUCCAGUGCCAUUGUCAGCGCUAGCUUGCAUUUUGGUUGCCAUCUUCCUUGCGCUGUUAUCUUAG